ACAUUCGCCAUUUUGAGGGAUGUACAGUAGGUGUUCGUAAAAAUGUCCCUUUUUACAGAAAAUUUCUGGGGGGAGAAAAACAACGGAUUUGAUGUACUUUACCAUAACGUAAAGCAUGGCCUUAAGUCGAGCACAGAUUUUGCUGAUUUCCUCAGGGAAAGUUCGACUAUUGAGGAGACAUACUCCAAACUGCUGGCCAAAUUGGCCAAACAGACCAAUAACUUCAAUCACUUAGGAUCUUUUGCCCCAUUCUGGCAAAUCUUAAAGACACUGGCAGAGAAACUGUCAAGCACUCAUCUUCAAAUCGUCCACAAAUGGCAGGAUCUCAUGAAGGACGUACAGCGCUACGUCGAAGAGCUUCAGAAAAAACAAAAAUCGAUAAAGGAUGGAGAGUCAGGUACCUUAGACACAGUUCAUUCUAUCCAGCAAACAACAGUAGCUUUACAAAAGGCGAAAGAGGUUUACCAUGCAAGAUGUUUAGAAUACGAAAAAUUAAAAAGAGAAAAUGCACAGCCAAAAGAAUUAGAAAAAGCAGAAACCAAAUUUAGAAAAGCGAGUGAUGAAUAUAAGUAUUAUGUAGAAAAGUACAGCAACGUUAGAAAUGAUUUUGAAAAGAAAAUGACUGAUUCUUGUAAGCACUUUCAAGAGCUUGAGGAAGCCCAUUUACAGCAAAUGAAGGACUUUGUUGAUACUUAUGCCAAAGCUGUGGAACAAGGUUACCAGUUAAUUGGGGAGGUGCAUUCAGAUUUCCGAACAAGUAUGGAGGAGCAGACGGUAGACAACUUGAUUUACCAAUUUGUAGAGGGGAAAACGACAGGGAAGGACCGACCUGCUGUACAAAUCUGGAAUAAGACUGCAGGGCCAGUUGAGUUUGAAGAUGCUGACCUAUCUAACCUCCCUCCAAUGGUGGCACAACCAGAAGUGGCCGAGCCCACAUUAACCAAGCGUGAUCGCCGAGACAGUAUUGGAAACGCCUUAGAUAAACCAAAAAAAGACCUGGUUACGUUAGAGGACCCGCCUGACUAUAACUGGAGUAAGCUGAGUCCACUUGAGCGGAGUCCGACCCUCCGAGGCUCACGAUGGUUCCUUGGCAAGAAAAAUAAGAAGAAAGAGAAGAAGAAGAAGAAACGAGAUAAAGAAGAGAAAGACAAAGAGGACACGACGAGUAAAGGUUCAGAAUCACCCCCACACCGAGUUCUCCUUGAUGAGCGUGUGGUGUUCACUGAUAUCAAAGAACGCCUUGUGUCAACUGGUUACGAGGUGUCCUCCGGCCUGGCCUAUGCAGCACGUACCAUCAUGUCCCCUGCAUUGGUUGGUUGUAAUCGUAGCUUGGCCAUCAAGAUACCCAAUAAACUAUCCAUUGACCUUUCAAGUUUCAGGCGCCAUAGUGUAUGUAGCAGCAGUAUGAUGCGAGCAAACAAAAGAAGCUCUGGCCGAAGAUUCUCUUCUUGUGAGGCCAACAAUGCCAAUGCGGGACCAAAAACACCAGAGGUAGAUGAAGAAGGCUUUAGUAUAAGACCAGAGGAUCCUUUGGACAAAGACCAAGACAGUACCAGCUCGGACAGUGAUUCAGAUUCUGAGGAGCGUAAUCGCCAGUUUAUCAAAGUUGAGAUCAAGCCUCUGAGUCCGAAUGAUUCUGCCAAUGGAGGUGGAGGAGGAAAUGUUGAGGAUAUCAUGAAAUCUAUAGGAGGAUUAAAGCUGUCUCCCACUGCUCCCAGACGAAAUCGAGCUCCCACUGCCCUUGAUCCAAAUAUGAAACGCUCUGUCUCAGUGUCAGAGACCAUGAAUGCCAAUAAACCUAGUCAUGACCUCCUUGGGAUGGAUUUCUUCACGUCAUCCAGCGCUUCCACACCUACGGGAGGGAAUUAUUCCUUCCCUUCUCCGUUAGUGCCCAGCAGCUCAAACCUAAGUGGCUUCACCAGUACCGAGCCGAGUGAGGCCUCUACACCAGUAUCAAAUGUGACCACCGCUGUGAUUACACCUGCAACGCCUGUCCCCUGUCCCGUGGCGUUAGAAGUGUUGAAUGAAAACGGAACGGAGACAUCGCCACCUGCCUUACCUUCUAAACAGCAUAGAAACAGUUUUUCAGCCAUUCCCUCAAUCACAACAAAUGUAUCCUCAUCAAGUUUGUUAACGGGACCACCACCUAAAACUGUGCCUAGGAAAAUACCAACUCAUUCAACCCGAGGUCGACAGAGUCCAAUUCCACCCAAUGUAGCGCCAAGCAUACCACCGCCAAUGAGUCGAGCAGAUAGCUCCGCUAGUCUUAAUAGUAUGACAUCAUUCACAACGACAUCAAUGCCUGUUGGGUCAUCACGAGGGCCCAGUCCGCUGACGAUAGGCAUGUCAGAUACCAUUCCACUGGCGGUCGCCUUCACAGAGACGGUCAAUGCUUACUUUAAAGGCAAUGAUAAAUCGAGGUGUUUGGUGAAGCUGUUUGGUGGGAUGAUGAUAUCAUUUCCGGCCGGCAUCGUGCGGGUCUUGGCUGACAAUCCUACACCAGCAGUAUUGGCAUUCAGGGUCAAGAACAUUCACAAGAUUGAGACGAUCAACGUCAAUUCACAACUGGUUGUGGAGGACCGAACACAGAGUUCACCGGAGGGGACGGUUUAUGUGUUUGAGAUGUCGCAGCUGACAGAGCACCUCCGACGACAGGCCGAGACGAAUAAAGCUGCUUCUUAUUUCAAUAUUGAUAUUCUAAAAUACCAAAUAAAGGCCGAGAGUGGUGCAGAUAGUACUCCUUUAUUAUUGACGAGUUACUGGAAGUGUGAACCCCAUCAAACAGACUUUAGAUUAGAUUACAAAUACAAUGGUGCUGCAUUAGGGUUACCCAACCCUCUAACAAACGUCUCAGUUCUAGUCCCUGUGAGUGGCAAUGUACAAACAAUGCAUUCAUUACCUGUGGGAGCCUGGAAUGCAGAAACUCAGCGAGGAGUCUGGAAGAUAAGCGACAUAUCACCAAAGAAAGAAAAUGGUGGCUGCGAUUGUAUACGUGCAAAGUUUGAGUUAAGUGAUGGACCCACAACGCCCGCGACAGUAGCAGUCCAGUUUGCUUGUGAGGGCACAACUGUCUCAGGAAUAGACUUUGAACUUGUUGGCACCGGAUACCGGUUAUCCCUCAACAAGAAACGGUUGUGCUCAGGUAAAUAUUUGUCCGACACCGACCAUGAAGUGCGCUAUGUGUAGCUGUGCCAUAUGUCAAUGUGCCGUUAUUUAUAUCUGCCAUAUCAGCGUGGCUCAGGAUGCUGGCGAUUCGUGGAGACCGCGUCUGCUGGUGUGAGGACACUACUGGUGCCCCCUAUGGAGACAUGGGAGAGCUUCUGAUUGUGCACAGGUGCUAUGCAGAAAAGUGAUCACAUUUUAGUGUUACGUUGCACCCUGAAAUUGGAUUCUGGACUAACCCAAAUCAUAUGAUUAGUGUGGAGUGAGAUACGAAACAGUGUUUCUUUGGAUAUUAAACUCUCGGUGUUUGAUGGAAUACUGAUCAAUGGUUUUGUAGGAAAUACAGGAGAACAUGACUUCUGACAUGAAGUACUAGUGUUAAAACGGAUAUGGAACAAUGCUUCUUUGAGUUCUAAACGCUGGUUGAUUGGCUAGUUGUGGGUAGGUACAGUGUUGAAGAGUGAGAAAGCUUAGAGAUUGGCAAAUUACAUCAUCUUACGUGAUAAAUGUAUGUGGGAUAAUCUUGUACAAAACCUCAGCAUAUUUGAUUGUGUACCAUAAAAACAAUGUACUGGCUGCAAUAUUGAGCAAGUUCAGUACUGAGCAGAUUGACCUUGUGACGGGAUAGGAGUGGCACUGGCCGUAGCAAUCUAUUUGGAAUAUUGAACAUAUCUUCAUGCAAUUGCAUGAUUCACUGCAUUGACUCUCUAAGGUUUGAUAGGAUACCUUUUUCGUUUUCAUGCAUUCAUAGUCAGUUGAUUAGCGUUGCAGUGAAUAUAAACUGAAUGCCAUGAUUGGGAGGAUUUACUUAUUUGUGUUGUGUAGUCAAUUUUUCUCUAUGCUGAUUAUUGAAAUAGCUCACCAGGCACUAAACAUUCGAGGUACCAGAUUGUGACUAACUGUCAUGUCUUCAAACGGGUGCCAAAGCUGAUUGCUGAAUCAAUUUCUUAGUUGUAUCAACUUAGUUUGCAAUGAGAUUGUUGCUAUUCAUAACAUUCUGUACAAAACUUUCUUUGUGCACAGAAUAGUCCAUUCACGCCAGUGUGAGGUCAGAAGUUGUAUAGAGAACUGUGUUUGUAUAUUCUUGUGUGAUGUCUUCAAGUCUGUGAUUUUAUCAGGGAUAGGGUCUGAAGUUGCACAACUUGGAAAAACUUCUUUUUACACAAAUUAUUUCAGCUAAUGCUCUUCCUGGAUUAUAGUGCCAUUUCUGUUUUCUAAGAUCUAUCAAGUUUGAAUGACGCCAGUGGGUUUGGGAUCGGUACAUGUAAAAUAUCAAAGCUUUGGUGCAGUGAAAAGCUUCUAGGCUGUUGCUAGUCCGUAUCCUACUUAAUGCCAGCAUUGUUUCAUUUUCGUUAAGAGUUAUGACGGGAUCUCCAUGCUGAUGAUGAGUCAUCCGGUCAAGUUUAGAAAUCCUCAACAGGCUCAAACUUCUGUGUGCAUCUUUUGAGGUGGCAAUUCAGAAUGCAGUUUGGUGCAAAUUCAAAGAAAUAUGCAAUAGGUAAAAUUCGUAUAUCUCCAGCCUGCAUCUGGAGACAUGAAGUGUUGGAGUGCAAUCACGCAGAAAGAAGUUUUUGUGUCCGUGACUUUGGGAAAUGAUUAUAGUAGGUACCUUAUGAAUCAAAUUAAAUUCUGUUCAUAUAUAAAUAUAUGACUUUAUUUGUAUGUAAUUAUCAGAGUAUAUAACUUGCCCAUACCAAAAUGUACAUUUAUACAAAAAUGUGAAUAUUUUAUAUUAUUUUAAUAUUGACUUGUUCAAUCUUUCAUUUUGGAUGCACAUGCAUCCCAUGUCACAGUGUUUAUACAUUUUCUGAAUGUAAUGAAUGUGAACACGGUCAUGUAAAGUGAAACAGCUGUACAUUUCUUUGCAAUAAACUGCAAUAGAACAAGAAA